AUGACAACAUCUACUGAAUCACAGCCCAUGCUGUCCUUUCCUGAUGCUUCCACUCUUGAUCUUAUAAUCCCAAACUCAUCAGACUUUGAUGUCGAGUCUCACCUGAAGUCCGACAACCAAAUCGUUUCCAGAGAUGCCUUGUUCUUCGAGGAGUUGCUGCCUGUAUAUGUUAUCCUUCGCAGCUCAUUGCCUUCAUUUCAACAAGUAAUAAACAAUGUCGAACUGUACAUAACCGCAUAUGCUACCCAGCCCUCACCACCUCCGCGCCUACAAUCGGGCAAUGCUCAGGCUCCUCCUCCACCACAACAGCCUGUAAAAUUGGCUUUGGACUCGGUCACUAUUACACCUGAACACAAGCCAAGUUUCAUUCAUAUUCAUGACCAAGGAGAUCAGUCGUAUGCUGUCUGGAAGACAACGCUUUAUCUCCGAUUUCCACCUCAAAGGCUUCAUCGACCAUCCAUCCAUCUUACAGCAUCCGCUAUUUCGAAACCUACUGAAAUAUUCAAAGCGGCGAUCCAAGAUGAAUACAUGACAAGUUGUGCACCUCCAACCUCCGAGAAUUUGCUUCAAUCUUUGCAACACAGCUCACAGACUGCUUCCAGUCAACCCUAUCUCCCCUCAGACCGGAUUCAUAAGGUGGCACCUCGGGCUGCCCCCACAACUCAAGAGGCCCGUCCCCUAAGGACAUCGUCGAGACUCUUCAAUGUCUCUCCAGCUUUGGCCGUCAAAGUUCACAUUACCCCUGAGCAAGUCUCAGAUAUGCUAUUGUGCUUAGAUUUGGAAUCAGCACGCCAUACCGGAUAUGGUGGCAUACAGAUAGACGAGAUCAAGGCAGAAGGAAGCAGUCUCACUGUGGAGCCCUUCUCAGCUGACUUGGCAGCUUUGAGCUUACCAACGACCCUACAAGCAGGAGACAAGAGCACUUUUCUGUACAAAUUGGCACGACCUGAAGAAACAGCUGGAGUCUCAAGUCAUAAACCGCGUAGUGUCACUUUCCAGAUCCGCGCUGUUGCUCAAGUCAGUGGCACAUGUAGCGCACAGAUACAGGCUCACUGGCACGGAAAUGUAAACUUUCCUCCACUUCAACCAACCAAGUCCCUGCCACUACGACCUCAAAGCGUAACAUCGACAACUCAAGACCUCAACUCGCGGCCAUUGAGCAAGCGAGUGAGCACAAUGACAACUCGACCCAUGAGCGGCAUGACUCAAGUCGAUUCUGCAGGCGUGACAUUUGCAUUUACUGCUCCGGAUAAGGUGAAAGAAGGCGAGACGUUCCUUCUCGAUGUGUUCGUCGUAAACCGCAGCACGAGGAAAAAGAGGCUCGCAAUUGUGGCCAUCCCCAAGUCUGUCAAAUCGGCACAAUCACAACACGCCUUGCGAUUUCCCAACAUUCCGCGACAAGACAGUCAUCACACUGCAGAAGCGGUCAUGGAUGAUCGCACGAUAUAUCACAUGCAAGACCAGCGCGAGGCUCAGAUAGCUGAAGUUGUGUGUUUGAAUGCAGAUGUGCGAGUCGGUCCUUUGCCCCCUGGGGCUUGCCACAACGUACAGUUGGAGUUUUUGACGCUCUCAUCUGGCUUGGUGGGUCUUGCUGCUGUACAUGUCGUAGAUUUGGAUUCGCGUGAGACGACUCAAAUCACCGAAUUACCUGAUAUCAUGGUAUCCAAAUGA